UUUGUUCAGUCAGAUGUGAAUACUUCCCAGCAUUUUUUUUUUAACUCUUUCAUUACUCUCUCCCUAGCUCCCAAAUAUUUCCAAAAUUUCAUUUAAACCUGCUUAGAAAAUCCCUACUGAAUUCUUUAUUCACACUUCAACCAUGGCUCCAAUCAAAGCAGAAAAGCUCCGAGCCAUGAAUAGUUACAAUAAGGGUCAAUUUCUUUACAAUCUCAUUCUUCAUGCUCUUGUAGCACUAUCAUGUAGUUUACUAUGUUCCUAUCCUAACUGGUUUCCUUCUCUACGCUAUUCAAUGAAGCAUUUUUUGUUUACCUCUCUUCCAAAUCUUUCUUCUUUCCUCGUGAACCCCAAGUGCGUGUUCAUAAUAUUCAAUGUCAUAGUCGUGUUCCUUAUGGGAGAAUCAAAGCUUGUGGGCUCAAACACAUCACCAUCCAAUGAAAUUUAUGAUGAAUAUGUUGAGAGGAGUCAAAGUCUUAGGGGACGCUCACACUCCACUUUUGAAGAGAGAGAAGAGAGGACAGUGGAGACGAAUAUUUCUGAUACUCAUGAGGGAUACAAUAUGGGGGACCAAAGUCUCAAGGGAGACUCCACUCUUCAGGAGAAAAAAGAAGAGAGGAAAUUGGAGAUGAACUUGGUGGAGGACAAAGUGAAUAGAAUUGAAACUAAAGAAUUAGUGAAAGAAGUUGUUGAAGUAGAAGAUGAUGAUGGUGAUGAUGGAGAGGCUGAAGAAGAAGCAGGAUUGCCUGUUGAGGAGCUAAAUAAAAAAGCUGAAGAGUUUAUUGCUAGGGUCAACAAACAAAUGUGGCUUGAAGCCAAAUUAUCAGUUUGUACUGAAGCAUGAUUGGUAUAAUAUUGGGUAUCCUAGCUACCAAAAAGAAGAGAAAAUUAGACCAAGAAAAAACCCUUAUGGAUUAAUAUUUCUCUGAGUGAUAGGAAUCUAGACAUGACGUUCAAUUUAUGUACUUAGAACAGU